GAUCCCAGCAUGGAGCAAUGUAUGACUUCCCAGGCCUAAUGAAUGGAUGGUGUGACUAAUGGAUUUCUGUGAACUGUAGGAGUCACCAUAAGUGGUUUCAACCAGCUAACUGAGGGUGUGUCUGGGUCACUGGUUACUACUACGGCAUGCGGGAUGGGCCAAACUCGCUCGGAUCUAUCGCACACCGCCACCACGCCAGGCAGAGAGAAGUGGAAAGCAGGCGAGGCAGCCCGGCGACUCCGUAUCCGCAGAUUCAGGAGCGGGGAGAAGCGACGGAGUGAGCGGAUAAUCAGGAAUCCGAUGAAAAACAAAGUGCUGUCGUGUUUGGGAAGGAGAAAGCGAGACUCGAGUCAGACUGAGGCGGAUUUAAGUUGCGGAAACGAAGCGGGAGAUCCAGCGACGCGCCGCGAUCACAGAGUAGGAAAGUUGCCGAGGGACGAGGCAGCGUCGGCGGUCGGAGAACAGCGAGCAUCCCCGGGUUGUUUCCAGACACCGCCCGGCCCAGAUGGUAGCACCCAGGCUGUCAAACACGGUGUGAACCGAGAGGCAGCGGCCGGUCCGUCCGAUGCGUCAGGUUUGGAAACGCGGGCCGGUGAAGUCAGCAGUGCGGGAGGCGAGGAGCCGAAACCCGGGCGAGAGGACAAUGCCUCGGACCCCCCGGCGAGGGCCAUGGAAGAUCAGCCACUGGGGGGAAACAACCGCGUUGUGUCUGGGGUCGGGCAAUUAACUGGGGGUGGUGUGAGUGCAGCCCCGCUGCUCACCUCUGACCCGGACACCAAGCGGACUUUGUCCGGCUCGGAUCAACCUUUGGAUAGUGGACUGUGCGUGGCGGACCACACUGAGCCCGAAAUGACUAAAACUGACUGUAGUGCUGUUUCAUGUCCGCCCAAAGCGACCGGGGACCCAGACAUCUGCUGUCCGGUUGAACCAGAGCAGCCUCAGGCCCCUCAGGGGACCCCAGGAGGCCAAAGUUACCCAGGAACCAUACCGACACUCAUCAUAACAAGAGACCCCAGUCCGACCCGCUCUGUGGGGACACCGGCUCUGCCCACCGCCCGGACGGAGCUCAACGCCGGCUCGUGUCUGGACCCUCACCCGGAUGAUGAGUCUCCCUGCUCGGACAGCGGCUGCGGAGGGUCCCCUGCUCUGAUGCGCUCCCCCAGGAAGCUGUCCAACUCUUCCUCCAUCGGCCUGUCCUCCGCCUCGUCCUUCGAGGAGUCCGAGGACGACUUCACUGGGAGCGACAUCGAGUCCAGUCUGUCUCCGGCCCGGUCCCUGUGCAGCCCGGACGACGGUACAGGGAAUAAGUCCUGGCAGAAAUUGAAGACCAUGGUUCACUGGUCCCCUUUCGUCGUGUCCUUCAAGAAGCGUUACCCAUGGGUGCAGCUGGCUGGCCAUGCAGGUAACUUCCAGGCCGGGGAGUUCGGACGCUUAUUGAAGCGAUACUGUGAGUGUGAGCAGCAGUGCCUACAGAAGCUGAUGAAGGACACUCUGCGCCCCUAUGUGCCUGGUUAUUAUGGUGUCGUACAGAGAGACGAGCAGGACUAUAACCUGAUGGAUGACCUGCUGGCUGACUUCGACUCACCCUCCAUCAUGGACUGUAAGAUGGGCAGCAGGACGUACUUGGAGGAGGAGCUGAUGAAAGCCAGAGAGCGUCCACGUUUGCGUAAGGACAUGUAUGACAAGAUGGUGGCGGUGGACCCCGGAGCCCCCACAGAGCAGGAGAGGGCCCAGCAGGGAGUCCUGAAACCCAGAUACAUGCAGUGGAGGGAGACACUCAGCUCCACAGCCACCCUGGGCUUCCGCAUCGAAGGCAUUAAGAAGGCUGAUGGAACUUGUAACACCAACUUUAAGAAGACAAAACACAGGGAGCAGGUGAUGCAGGCCUUGGAGGACUUUGUAGGUGGCAACACUCAGAUUCUGAAACUCUACCUGCAGCGGUUGGAGGAACUUCGAUCAGUCCUGGAGCAGUCAAACUUCUUCAGGACACACGAGGUCGUGGGCAGCUCGCUGCUGUUUGUGCACGACGCCUCGGGGAAGGCCAGAGUGUGGAUGAUCGACUUUGGAAAGACGGUUCCCCUGUCGACCCCUCGGACCCUGGACCACAGGACUCCCUGGGUGGAGGGCAACAGGGAGGACGGCUACCUGUGGGGACUGGACAACCUCAUAGACAUCUUUAGCAGUAUGCUCCCGCAGACGCCUUGAGAGGGAGACUCAGAAGACUGCAGUGAAACAGUAGUCUGAGUCCAGAUGGUGGAAGGGAUUCAAAAUUGGGAGAAAACACAAACUGACAGAGGAAGCAUCAGAAGAGGGCCCCCAGUUUGAUGACUUUUCAUGACCCGCGCCAUGAUCUAAGUGUCUUUAUCCAACUGCACCUGUGUGAGAAGAAGGUAAAGACAAUCCUGGGAUUUCUAUUGCAAUGUGGAAAAUGCCAAAGGCCGACAUCACGCAUUAUGCUCCAUUACUUGGGUACAGAUGACCUGCGAUGGGUUGAGGCAAAAAGUAGAAAGAGGGAGAAUUUAAAUUCAGAACUGUAACUUUUGUCACAUGGACUGUGGCUUGUUUUAAGAGGAUACAGUCAGUUAUUCCUGCAAAGGUAUUUAACAUUGCUCAUCUCCCUCCUCAACGUCUCCCUCUGUUGGUCAGAGUAGCUCUUUGCACUCACAUGACCCAGAGGUAUAUGAAACCCUUUUAAACAGCCAUUGAGGAGCAUUGGGUAAAGGGAGAUUUAUUUUUGUCAUGGACCACUUUUGAUGUCACAGCAACACUAAAACACUGGUCAGACCACGUGUUAACUAACUCAGUGUGUAAAUACAAGUUUAUUUAAUGUUUUUUUUGGCCUUGAUAUAACCUCCUUUACCUUGUUUGUACAAUUUCUGUGCCUCGCAUUUUUAAAGAAAAAGCUGUUUGAUCAUUCCAGUGUAGUGGACUCGUGCUAUUUUUCUUCCAAAAAGUUCACCCAAGUGUAAACUGAUUUGCAUCUAAUCCCAAAAUUUAACUUCAAGUAGAAAGUGUUUUCUAAAUUUGGAUUUUUGUAUGAUAAUGCAGUGAAGUUUGUUUCUUUAUUUUUUCAUUUAACUGUACAGUAAGCAGCUUGGCAGCCAUGUUUGUCUGGAAUUUGUUGCACUAUAGAUCCUCACAAAGCCAUUGAACAAAUCAAGCAGUGCCUCUGUGUCUUAAGAUGGGAAGCAGCAGUCAAGUACUGGGUUUACAGAUGCAGACAUUUAGAAGUUCAACAUGAAUUCAAUUUGCUGUUCUCACUUCAUUCUCUUUGAUCAGUGUUGCUUUGGAUUAGCAGGGAGUUUUACAGUGAAUCAGUGGUGUCAAGGGUGAAAUGAAACUGGAUUUACCUGAUUAAACUGAUCAGUCUGUAAAGCCUUUGGUAAGGUUUUACGUAUGUAUCAACUCACACAACUGGAAAUUUUGUGUAUGAAUCUUAAGCUUCAAGGGGUGACAAAUAAUUGAACACGAGAAUAUUGCUUUUAAAACACGAGGAUGCUGCAGUAAACCUUAUUUAGCUACACUAAAUACAGUGGAGGUUUCCAGGAACAUUGCGAGUUUUCAAAGAAAAAGCAUUGUUAUAUUUAGACAUUAAGUCAGUGCUUAUGACCGUAUCUGUCAUCUGCAUUCGGGGAACUUGGCAGGUUGGUAUACAUAAGAGUCUUGAUUCUUCCUGUCAUGCCUCAACAGUGUCACACAGCACUGUUUGGGUGUGUGUGUGCGUAGGCGGUUCACUCAGCACACACAUUUUCUAUAGGAGAGCUGCAGAUCUCUGACUUCAUCAUACUGGAAUUCAAAUUCAGGCAUGCAGUUUUCUUUCAUUUCUGAAAAGUAAACCUACUGGGAGACAGGAAUAAUAGUGUUUACAAAGUAUUAUAUUUCAUUUCCCACAAAUCCUUUAUAUUUGUAAAAUGGCAAACUAUCAGGUUUUCAAACUGGGUGCUGCUUUGUAAGUAAGAAAACUGGAUUCAUAACCACAUUUUGUAUUUUUAAAAGGCAGUGUAUUUUAAAGUUGCAAAACACAGACUGGUGAAAAAUUUACUAAUUCCCUGCUUUGUCCAGGUCAUGGAUUGCAAUAAACUGGAAAUAAGA